UGACACCGCAGUGUUUUCAUCGAUGUGAUGUUUUCAAUGGAAGGUACAGUAACACCAGCUGAACCAUGAAAUUACUCGUUUGUCCACAGUAGUGAAAGAAGCAUUGGACUUUGUUCUCAUCCACAGGGAUGUACGCACGUCCAGGUGGACUUACCGCCGUGAACUGGAGCCGUUCUCAUGGAGAGCUCAGAUUGAAGUCUUCUUUUAUUAAUGUUUUAGCUUAAGGGGGGUUCACAAUACAAUCACAUGUGGACCAGUUCACCUCCUGGGCUGAGUUAGAACCGCUUGCUAUGAAUACUGCGAUGGCCUUUGGAGCGAGGGGACUCCUCCUCAGCCUGAGAUACACUUUCCAGAAAGCGGGAUCCAUCGCCAGGAUCAGACUCAUCCAGAACUCCAGGACGUGUUUCAGUAAAAGAGGGCAGAUUUUAACCCACAUCCCCAAAGUCACGCUGCUUUGUUGGGGUGCAGCCAGUGCCUCCUCGUGUGCAGCCAGAUGCCAGGAAGCGACUCUUCAAUCAAAGGCUCCUGACAGAAAGUCUGUAGCCAAGGUCCAAGUGCACAAGGUGAUAUUUUUUCUCCGCCUCAGCCUCCGUGCAUUGAUUCUGCUCCUCAAAUUUGGUCCCCUUCUCCUCCUCUCCCCCGUGGUCCUGCUGUCCACCAGCUUGGCGUCUCACUGGUUGGACGCUCUCCUGUGGGUGACCGAGACCUCCGGCCCCACCUUCAUAAAGCUGGGCCAGUGGGCCAGCACCAGGCGGGACGUCUUCCCCCAGGGGUUUUGCGAACGCUUCUCCAGGCUCCACGUCAGGGUGCGCCCUCACUCCUGGUCGCACACCAAGCAGUGUCUGCGGAGGGCCUUCGGGGAAAGCUGGAGGCGGGUUUUGGUGUUCGAGAGCAAAGAGCCGGUGGGCUCGGGCUGCGUUGCGCAGGUGUACCGAGGAUGGGCCAGGGUGGACCAGGUGGAGGACCCGGCGUUCCAGUCGCUGGUGGAGGAGAUGGACAAAGAAGACUUGCUGGAAGCCUGGGAGAUCCCUGGUCUGGGAGGAGUGAAGGACGCUCUGCGCCAGCUCUGGAGUAAAGAGGAGGAGGGCUACGAUGAGAGGUGUCAGCACGAGGAGGGCAGCGCAGACAAGGAGCGCCUCAUACCUGUGGCUAUCAAGGUGCUCCAUCCAGGCGUCCGGAGGCAGGUGGAGACUGAUCUGCUGCUCAUGAAAGCGGCCAGUUGGCUUCUGCACUGCCUGCCUGGACUCAAAUGGCUCAGCAUGUGUGAGAUAGUGGAGGAGUUUGAGAAGCUCAUGACCAAACAGAUUGAUCUCCGGUUUGAAGCCAAGAACAUCGACCAUUUCCGGGAAAAUUUCCGCGACGUGGAUUAUGUCAAAUUCCCGACUCCGUUACGGCCCUUUGUAACCAGGUCUGUCCUGGUGGAAACGUUUGAAGAGAGUGAGCCUAUUUCUAAAUACUUGCGCGCUGAGGUUCCUCUGGAGGUGAAGCAGAGAAUAGCCAGGAUGGGGGUAGACACCCUGCUGAAAAUGGUUUUUAUAGAUAACUUUGUCCACGGGGAUCUGCAUCCUGGCAACAUUCUGGUCCAGUGUCGGGGGCCUCUCCCCAGUGAGGAAGCUGGUAUCAUGGACCAAGGGAAGACAACCCUCACUGACCUGUGGGACACGGUGGUGGUCAGUGUCAGACCAGAGCCGUGUCCUCUCCAGCUGGUGCUGCUGGACGCUGGCAUCGUAGCCCACCUCAGCGACCACGACCUUGCCAACUUCAAGGCCGUCUUCACCGCUGUGGUGCUGCGUCAGGGCGAGAGAGUUGCAGAGUUGAUUUUGAAUCAUGCUCGAGCCAACGACUGUCAAGAUGUGCCUCAGUUCAAGAAGGAGAUGGCCGAGCUGGUGGAUCAUGCCCUCAGCAACACCCUCUCUCUGGGAAAGAUCCAAGUGGCUGAUUUGCUCUCCAGAGUUUUUGGUCUGCUCAUCAAGCACAAGGUGAAGCUGGAGAGUAAUUUCGCCUCCAUCGUGUUUGCCAUCAUGGUGCUGGAGGGUCUGGGCAGGUCACUCGAUCCCAAUUUGGACGUCCUGGAAUUGGCCAAACCCUUGCUGCUAAAGAACUGUGCCUCACUGCUCUGAUACACACACGUACACAGACGUAACCGAAGCACAAUGGGUCGCACACGCAAACAGGCAAACAUGUACAUGUCCUCUAUAUAAAGCGUCACUAAGUCCAGUGUAGUACGUGCAUAGAUACAGAUCAUGUAUAUGUGCUCCUAAUGCCACGAUGACUGGCCGGUUCCUCCGCACGAUCACCGUCUCCACAUUUCAGCAGCCAUAAAUACCUCAUUGCACUUUUACAUCCGUUACUUUUCCUUUCAAGACACUUGAAUUAUUUCAUCUAGCGUCUGAAAUCCACUUCUAGUCUCCCUCAGCUGAGCUGAAUGAAUGCAUAUAUGCGCUUUACCCGGAGCAGCCCUUGUAGUUCAUCGAGUUAAUAGAUGAGUCAGACACACAGGCGGCCUCAGAGACCGUUUGUAGUGAUUAAAGAUAUAAAACGAAACACUGCUAAAACCCCUAGAAGCCAUUUGAAAGUGUAUUUUAAUGACUAAUACUGAUCUCAGGAUCUUUUAUUACAUUUUAGGAAAUGUCCGUUUGUUUUAAUCAUAAUGUACUGUAACAUUUGUUCUAAUACACUGCAUUGAAGAUGUGAAGCCUUUUUCCAUUGACCUUUAACGUUCCAUUAAAAUAGCGGGAACACUCAAUAAAUUAUGCGCAUCAAUAAAAAAGGGAAUCAAUUCUAA